UAAAACUGUGACGAUGACAAUUACACUCGUGUAUAGGUGUGGCGUACAGAUUUCUUUGGGAUGUGUUUAGUCACUGCCUGUGUAGUUUGCGUACAGGAACUGUUCCAUUAUUAGCUUGCUUCUGACACUCGACUACUUCAGACAGGCGGCAAUAAUAUAAAGUUUGGAUUUGUUCGCGGAGUUUUUCGGAGUGCGCGUUUAGGGACACAUACCACUUUAUACAGGUGCGAAUCGAACAGCAUUAUUAUAGGUGGGCGACGGACGUGUGUUUUCACCAGCCCUGCGGAAAUACAUUAUAACCUUGAUGAAAACAAGCUCUGCGGGGUAUGUUUAUGCCCACAACUCAGACGGCUUUUGAGUUCCACCGAUGGGUUCGUCUUGCAUGUUUGUUAAUUUCCAACAAUAGUCUGCGCAAGCCGCAAUUUCACGGACGACUUGUGGCACAACACGUCUAUUGGGGAGGAGACCCAGCGUAGUGCACACGGAGGCGGGUUGCUGCAAAUGUAAAAAAUAAACCGUUGUGCUGGUGUUUAAAAAGAAGCUGUACUCCUGUUUCUACCAGCAUUUUAUGAACAUUUCAUUUUCAAUCACCGCUGUGUGUGUUGAUAGUACAGUGUUUUCACAGUCAAGUCCACGUCCAUGACUGUCGGGUGAGGUUAAUGAGCUUCAAUAAUAGCAGUAAUUUAUGGUACCGUGUCAACAGACGAAGGCUGCGUAUGACUUGAUGCAGUGACAUGAGAGUGGUGUGCUGAACGUUCAUUCAUGCAGGAACGUUGGGAACGUCGAUGAGUAGGAGUAGAUUAUUUGAUCAAAAUGAAAGGGGAUAGACGUCAAUAACUCGAACUGGGUCACAGGAACAGCAGAGUCUAACGUCCUCUUGGGGAAGCCUUGCGACGGUGAGGUGCGACCGACAAAUACCUCGUCUGCUGUUUGGAAAUACGCCCGAGUGUGUGGGGUAAAAGCCCAAAUAACUCAGCCUGGAGACGGACUGUCGAACGUCAGGAAUUCUCCCACUCAUUACGGAUCAAAGUUGGAGCAUUUAUGCGUUGUGGUUUUUUCAGAGCUUCGAUGUUUUGUCGAGAGGGUUCAAGGGUAGAAAAGGCUAAGCUCUUACAGGCGAGGACCUAACUCCCACGAGUGAAACUUGAAGUCUUUGGUGAAAAACAAGUUAAGUGUUAUCGAAUUGGUUGUAUCAUAGGCUAAGGAAUUUGAUACCUUGGCCGCUAUAAACAAGGUAGAUUUGUUUGCAUAUUGCGCACUAGCCCCUAUUUUCUUGGUGACUGGUGAAUAUAAUGAAACGCACGUCAUUUUUCUGCUGAAAGCUUUUUUGUUUGGUUUGACGACUGGCGUGCAGCAGCGAGAGAGACGAGGUCAGAGGGUGAGAUUGCGCCCCGGAGUCCGACAAUCAGUGUGUGUGGAACGAUUGGUAUGCUUCACGCUGGUUGAUCUAAUUUUAAAAUCUCCAAACACCCGAGCCGAGAGCUGUGAUAACGAAAACAUGAAUGUGGUUGGAGUAGCCGGGCAGCAUCCGAACGCAAUGGCGGCGGUUGCGGGUAGCUGCACGGAGAGCGACAUUCGACAGAUUGAACGCUUCUUUAACAGUCUGAAAAGUCGGGUGUACGUCUGUCCCGCACUAGCCAAUCUGUACUUUACUACCUUACAGGAUAUGGCCAAUCUAGGUGGGUGGGAGCUACAGACGACAGGGUUCCCGACCCUUAUCUUUGAGAACAGGCAAAAUGAGCGGCGGCUACUGCUCUGCAUCGCCGAGAAGGGAACCGGCUUCGUGCAGUGGAAAGACGCCCUGACCCCGGACAGCAAAUACAAGUCACCUGAGACCAACUUCCACACGCUUAACGUAUCCGGGGACGCACUGAAACUUGCCGGCCUGAGCUUCGAUAACGAACAGGCCGCUGCCGAACUCAUGGACACCGUGAACUCAUGGAUGAACGAGAUAGCUCUGGACAGUGAGUCAAACUCCCGUAAGAAAAAGAAGAAACACAAGGAGCCCAAAAUAGUGCUACCGAAAAAGGAGACGAUAUCCCAACCCUGUCUGUUUGAACACAUCACUAAUUUGGAUCACGAUAAGUUUGUCAAGAGGAUGAUGGUGGCCGAUGAUAAUACCAUUGCACCACCACUGCAUUUUGGCGUGGUCCCUGAAAAUGGAGACACUUCGAAAAUGUUGGCGUACGCAGAGAGUACGUCUACGGAGGACUCUGGACUAGAUGAACUUCACGAAUGAGACUGAAUAUUGGAAAGCCAUUUUGAGACAUGGCAGGCAGCAAACGACACUUAUAGACCUAUUUGGUAAAUUUGUCUGUACACCAAAACCAAGCAGUGAACUCCUAUCUAAGUGUCCACCAUACCUCAAAAGGUCAAUUGAGAGCUGUAGGUUUUGGUAAAUAUGUCUGAUACACCAAAACCAAACAGUGUAAUCCUAUGAUGUCCACCAUUAUCUCUAUAGGCCUAUAGGUUUUGGUCAAUUUGUCUUUAUACACCAAAAUCAAACAGUGUGUAUGGCAUAAUCCUACAGUGUCCACACCAUGUCUCAAAAAGGUCAUUUUGAAAAAAACUCCACCCAAAGUGCCUGCCUAUAUUUUGCAAGAGUGCCCGAUUGUGUCUGAAAGAAUAUAAAGUGACAUGCGUUUGCGUUCGAAACUAUUUUGGAAAUGUCUGCAAGGUUCACUAAAGGAAAAGACGCAAAGAAACUUCACUUUUAGUUUGUGAAAACGGUUUUGCAAAAACCUGUCCUCGAUGUCGAUGCACCUGGAUAUUUUAAGCUACUUUGAAUACUUUGCUCUCUGUUGGAAUUUUUUCUCCCCAUAAUGGAGAACUUUAGAUCUGCCCCAGAGCUUUAACCACACACAGAGACCAAACUCGCCAAAAUUGGUUGUGAAAAGGAAAUAUGAUCACCCUUGUUACUGAAUACAAAUUAUAGUCGUUCCCUAGUGGUGCUUUAUGAACUUUUGUUAUCGUCCAUUGUGCCGAGUUAAACAGUGUGACAUGUAAACACUCCCUCCGUUGCAUUUUAUGGGUUUUUCUUUUUAUGGUUGGUGUUUUCAACAACAACAAUUCCAAAGGGUGUAUGUAAAAGAAGGUUUCCACAGUUUGGAAUGAGGAAGCUUUGGCUUCGUUUCCUAUCACUGUUUGGUAAGGUUACACAUUUACAUUUACGUCGUGGAUGAGUCACAAUUUUGAUUGUCAGCCCUUUUCACGAUUUGUUUUCAAGUGUAUGCAGAUUUAAGGGGAAAUAUUUUGAAUUGAAGAUAAGUGAUACAAGUUACAAAAUAAACAAUUGGUUUUUGGAACUUUUAGGAAUCCCAUUGAAGAAAGAACAAAUCUAUUCCUUAGUCCACAAACACCUCAAGACAAAACUCUUUCGUGGAGUAUUUUUUAGGAAAACGCAACCACGAACCAAGGACUAAAAAUGAAUGUUCAUGAUGACAUUUUUUUUUUCGUGAUGACAUUGUUUUUUCUUUCUUUCAUUUUGUUCCAUUUUCUUGUGUUGUUUUUUCCAUAAUUUAGUUUUGUUGUCAUGAUUUGUGUAUACAUGAUGAUGUACAUUGUGUUGUCAUAUACAAAGGUGCACUACAAAUUUGCAAAUACGUAAGUGCUCGCACUGCUAAUCAGGUAUCACACCUUAUGCAUUUUUUUUUAUACAAAGGUGCACUACAAAUUUGCAAAUACGUAAGUGCUCGCACUGCUAAUCAGGUAUCACACCUUAUGCAUUUUUUUUACGAGAAUCAAUUUUAAAAUAAUGAUAAUAAAACGAAAGCAAUAUAACAUUAACAAAAAUAUUAUCAAUAUAAUAACUUCAAUAAUAGGUGAUUUCAGGGUAAAAAUAAAUUCUGUCACUGUGGGUUCCACUAUAGUCUAUAGGCUACCACUUUAAUGUUGAUUAAUUCCAUACAUGGUUUUCCUGUGGUUACUGGAACACUGGAUUAAAUCUAAACACGGAGAUAUAAGUAGAAGUCAUCGUUUUAACCACAGCCCAAUGUGGUCAAGAUUUGGGGUCCCGUCUUCAGUGCAGUAAUGUCUUGCUUGUUGUUCACACGACUGUACUGUAUUACGUUACGAAAGUUAUCGAAACCCGCCUGGUAACAAUUUAUAAGUUUCAAUUGAUAAUAUUACACAGUCUGUCUUUCAGUUUAUAUGGUGAGUGCUUUGACAGAAUAUUUGUACCCAAUUAAAAUAAUUUUACAUUGUACGAAGUAUUACCUUUGAAUUUGACCCAUUGUAUGAUCGAAUCCUGAUGGAAUUAACUCACUCACAAUCUCUCCCAAAUGGAUGACAACAUUUGACAUUUUUUACCCGGUGCCAAAUACACACAUUUAAUGAUAAAAAUAGCAUACUACAGUAUAAAUUUACAAAGAUUUAAGAAAAGUAAGAGAUAAUUUUCAAAUUCGCAUUUUUCCCAAAAACUUUUUGUUUUUCAAAUAUUUAUCUCUAAAUCACAAUUUAUGAUGAUUUUGCAUCUUUCAAGUCAACGGGAAUACGUGCAAAUUUAAAAGUACAGACUUGUCGGGUGGAAAGUACAUCGUGGAUCUAGUUCAUAAUUUAUCACACAUUUUAUUAUGCUCUCUCUCUCUCCUAUAUAAUUAUUUUAUUACUAAAAGCAUUAUACAACUUUAGGCCUAAUUAUUAAUGAGAUGUGCAUUGAAAACCUUUCACUUAUUGUUUACAGAGUAUAGCAUUAAUUUGUAAUAAGCAUAUCUGGGAGUUCAUGGAUGUUGCCGUUUAUAGCAAUUGUUAUUAGCCACAAAAAGUUACUGGUACAGUUGACAGCAAAAGGACACGCAGUUAAGCGUUGAAAAGCUGACAGAUUCUAAGAAAAAUGUGACGUGUCACCAUUGGUGACAGUAUGAUACAUUAAGGUGGUGCUGAAACAUGACAUAAAUACUUGUAGGCUCUACGUCGGUUGAAUAGACGUUGCAUCACGUACCCUUAUAAAGCAUGACGACACCAUAUUAGUCUGGUUCCACGUGCACAUUUCAAUCCUGAAUAACGAAUGUCAUCAUACCAAAAAGGGCUCUGGCUUUCCGGUUAGGGGCAAAAUGUCAAAAAAUUGUUCAGGACAAAAAUGGUGCAUAAAAUAGCACAGUAAAAGCUUGCCUAGCGGAAACAGGUUUACCGGCUUAAAUACCACGCAGUGUGUAUUGUUUGUGUCUGUUUCCCCCCCCCCCUUUUUUUUUUGCUCAGCUGAAUAGAGCAACUUUCUGCUCUACCUAUUUAUGAAUUUGGCCAAGCCUGUAAACACAUGACGCUUUUUGUGCCACAUAGUCGACUUCAUUGUAUUGAAAAGGUGUACUAUACUUCAUUAUCGUAUAAUGCAAUCGCACACUUUUCUCUGAAACCAACGUGUUAUGGUGUUCAUUUUGGAAUUGUUGGAACACAACACAUUAUUCAAACGUGCAUGCAGUUUAGUGCAAAUUCAACAGAGUAAACUGAGUGGGCUAAUUUUUCCUAUCAUUUGGUACAAGUGGAUUCAUUCAAUGGUUUAUUAAAAUUCUAUUAAAUUCGCUGCCAGCAGCAGAAUUACAUGAACAGUUACAUAGUUAAAAAUUUGGAGUAAAACAUUACAUUACUAUUUAAAAUUGCCUAAAUCUUACACAGAAAAACUGAGAGGGAGAAGUACUGUACCCUCCUAUAGGGAGGAGAACAGUUACUUAAAAUUAAUUAAUUAAACAUAUGAGUAAAACAUUACAAACAAAAUUAAAAUGGCAUAUAAACUAUUACACUCUAAAACGGAGAUUAUUUAGAAAAUAGUUCACUCUCAAUGGGAGGGAUUUAAAGUCAAUCCAAAGGACCGCAGUCAGGGACCAAUCCACUUCAUGCACCAAAAAUAAAACAGUGGCACUGAAAAAUGAAAUGUUUACCCCUAAAUCCAAAAUGGACCGGUCUCCAACUGCAAUCCCCCAGACCAAUCUUUCAAUAAAAGCAUGGCAAGAAUAUCAAUACAAACAUCAACCUCCAAAAGAUUUCACGUAGGGAGUAACAAAAACAAAUGCAAACAAAAAACAAUAGGCCAAAUUGAAGUAAACAAAAAACAAAAAGCUGAUUAAGACAAUCAUUUAAAAUCAAACAUGGCACGAAAACAUAAAUAGAUACAAAAAAGGUUUAGUAAUUAUCAUUCCACUUCUUAGUCGCUUGGUCUUGCAGAUUGGUAGAGAGAAUUUAUUCUGAUUUCUAAGAUUGAACGGCUUUCAGAGAAAUACUUUAUUAUUAU